AUGGCACAACACCUCGGUCACGAAGAGUUCUUCUCUUCCCUCUCCGACCUCCUCUCCAAAACAUCCCAAAAAGCCCGCGGCUCAGUCUUCCUCACCCAAAAGCCCCUCCUCCCAAACAACACCAACACCAACACAUCAGAGAAGGCUUCUUCUUCAUCAUCUCUUCCUCCCAUCCUCAUCAGAGCGACAGACGGAAACACAAACGCACCGAAUCCCAAGACAGCCAAAGACCAGAACCAGAAGGCCGCAAAGACAUCCAAGAUCAAGCUUUCGACUGUAGUCGCGCAGGAGGAUCUCGAGACGUUCUUUGCGCGGUAUGCUGAGGUUUGCAAGGCGGGUAUGACGGGGCUGAAGAAGCGGGAUCGGAAGAAGGGAAAGGCGAAAGCGAAAAGUGGUGCUUCGAAGGUUACCAAGGCUUGA